CUGCCUUUUCUCUUGCUAAACAACCUAACAACAAACAAAAACACUGAGUCUUUGAAAAGGUAUGGCUUGGAAAUGGCAAAUAAACUAGUAUUGCUAAGGAGAAAGAAAGUCAAAGGUAACGGUGACAUGCUUACUUGGGAAAAGUCACACUCUGUGAAAGAAAGGGCAAGAGAAGUUAAAGCUUGUACCCCUUACCUGUGCUGGGCUCACCUGUCUCUGGCAAUGAAAGAGCCACCCUGUUUCCCAAAUUCAGCAUCAGCAACUCCCUCCCCCAAACCAGACAGAUUCCUAGAUUCUUCACUCAUACUACAUUUCAUAUUUGGACCACGAUAUUUUUUCCUGUACAAAUUCCUUCUCCUUUGGCUGAUAAUGCAAAUCAAGCAACCUGGCUGAUGCUUGGUAGAAAACCAAGGAGAGGUCCUUGUUUCAGAGAGAGUGCCAAGUUAUAGCGAGAAAUGGAGCCCUGCCUUGCUUCAUUUCGCUUUCUCUCUUAUUGCCGGGGACGCUGCACCUGAACGACUUUUAUGGGAGCACUCAAAGCUUCAAAAUAGCUCAGAAAUCCCAGGAAUGUUUGUAUGUGAAAUGAUUAUUUUGUCUCCAAGAAACCAGGAAGACGUUCAUUAAAUAAUUACUUCACUCUCCACUAUAUUUGUAUAGAUGUUGGCUGCAUGGCUUAGCGGAGGUGCUUUAUUGGAAUUGCCAUCCGCGCACAGAUGCUCAUUUCUAUCAGCAUACACAUGGGUGCAAGUAUGUGCAUCUUUUGAACAAAAUAAGCUCCCUUUGGCCCCUCAUCAGCUUGCAUCUGCUCUCUUAUUUCUCUGCUCCUCUUCCCAGCCAAACUUCUGCAAAAUCCUGUCUCCCACUUGCCCUUGUUAAGCAGGUAAGUGGCCACACUGGCGAGUCUCCCAUUCUGUCGUCUGCCUUCAUUCCCCUCAAGUUCUCAACAGCAUUAGGCAUAAUUGAUCAAGCUCCUAUCUUGGGAAAGAUUUUUCUCCUUGGCUUGGUCCCACCCCUCUGAGUGUUCUUCUGCCUCUCAGGUCACUCCUGAGUCACCUUUGUUGGCUUCACCCCCACCUCUUGUCCCCACAAUGUCACAGUGCCCCAGGUCACAGUCCUCAGUCCUGCUCUCUUCCUGCCCUCGCCAAGGGCUCCCAUCUGUAGUGCGGCGAUACUCCCAACCUCUGCCUUGAACUUCAGGCUCACAGAUCUAGCCGCCUAUUUGAUAAUCUCUGAAUUGGUGGGUAAUUUGUGCCUCACAUUUCACAUCAAAACCAGAAGUCUUGGUUUCACCCCCUACACACACAUUUUUCUCCAGCUCAGAAAUGACCACCAGAUUCCUUGUUUAAGUGAAGAAUUUAGAAGACAUUCUUGAUCCCUUCCUAUUUCUCACUGCCAUAAAUUAAGGCUUUCAAUUACUUUUUUCAAAAUCUAUCCCAAAUCCAUCUACUUUUUCUCAAUUUUCAGUACUACCUCCUAGUCAAACCGUCAUCUCACAUGUCUGUGAUGACAGUGGCCUCCUCAUGGGCUUAUUUGCUUCUGCUCUGAGCCUGUUUGAUUCAUGUCGUGGCUCUGCCACUUAGACCUCAGCAGGUGGCCUAAACACUAGUGCUAGUACUAUCAUCCUCUGCACAGCGGGAUUGUAUUUGUAGCCCAUCUCAAGGGGAUAUUAGAUUAAGUUUUGUAGUAAGUGUUUAGAACAUGCCCAGUACUGAGUAGGCACUCAGUACAUAUUAGCGAGAUAUGUUAUAACUAAUACAAUCUCUUCUCCACAAACCAAGUUGUUGUCAUCUCCUGCUUAAUGCAUCCUAAUGCAUCUCCUGCUUAAUGCAUCCUACGGCUUCCAGUGCACUUCAGAUCCACUUCGGAUUCCUGGCCCGCAGUCUCGUACGUACUCAGGCUUCUACCUCCCGUCAAGUUCGUCAUCGGCCCUUUUCUUCCCAGCAGCCUUCCUGGACCCCUUUCAGUUUCCUCAGUGCACCCAGUUCCUCGCUGUUCCCACUGCCUGGAGUUCUUCCCCGUGUCUCUUUUAUGGUUUCUUCUCAGGUUUUGGUCUCAGCUCAGGUGACCUCUUCAGGGCCUUCCUUGACAACCUAACUGAUGUAGUACCAUCCCAUCCCACCUCCCAUCUGGUCAGUGUUUAUAAUAUCACCCAGUUUGAUUCAUUAACAGUACAUCACAAUCAAAGUAUCUUCUCUGUGUUUUUUUUUUUUACUUGUUCACUAACUGUCUCUCUCCCCCACUAGAAUGUGAAUUCCAAGGACAAAGAUCUUAGAGUCUUGAUCAUUCCUACAUUUCCAAUAUUGACAAGACUACCUGGCACACAGCAGGAAAUCAGUAAUUAUUUGUGGAAAGGAUGGAUGGACAGAUGGACAGAGGGAUGGAUGGACAGAUGGAUAGACAGAUGAAUGAGAUUCUUACACCUCAACAUUGGCAAUUAGGUAGUGUUACAUAAUACUGAAGCAAAAUUAGUGUAGUGCCUUGUAGACUUGUGAAUUCUCACUCCAAAAAGAUGCUACAGUUAAAUAAAGGAAUAGAAGUUCAGAUUUUGCCAUUGAAAAUGUAGAAUGCAAAACCAUUUGAAUGGCAAGCAUUAUAUGGUUACUGUGUUAAAGCAGGGAUAUUAGAAAACUGGAACCAUCUAGAAAGAGUUUCUUGUCUCAGAUGUUUGUGGUCUGUUUAUUAUGGGAUAGCUCCUUUUUAACAGCUUCCUUUUGUCUGUUUUUAAUUUGAGCAUUCCCAGAAUUGCUGCUGUUUCCUCUGAGAACAAACAUGUAGAAAAACUUAGAAAACAGCUAGCUUUUGGUAGUUAGAAAAACAAGGACUUUAUAUAAAGUUUAGACAAACCUGAGUGAAUCUUGAGUCACUGAGUAGAUGUGUGCCUGAAAUUCUUCACCUCCCUGGGCCUCAAUUUUACCACCUACAAAAUAAGAUAUUAUUAAAUUAUAUGAUAAAAGUAGUGUUCUUCCCACAUGAUAACUACUUAAUAAAUGUUACUUUUCGUACCUGUAUUUAGUGCAUUUGAGUACUUUUCUUACCUCUUUUCUGCAUUCGAGUGGUUUGUGGUAUUUCACAGGGUUCAUAUCAACGAGCAGUUUAAGAUGUGGCAUUUUACUUGUCCUCAUCAGACUAUCUCAAAAAGUGUCAGUACCUAGAGCAGGAAGAAUAAUAACACCGUGGCAGUAUCUGACACAUAGUAGAUACUCAAUAAGUAGUUGAAUGGAUGAAUAAGUAGUCUGGGAACACCUCUGUCAUUCAUGAGAAUCAACUAAAUUUUCCAAGUUUUAAGGAGUGUUUCCUUAAAAUAGCAAUGAUUUUUUCCUCCAAACAUGCAACUGAACAUUGAAUAGCAUCAAACCAUAACUGAAUGUUUCAAGGCAUUAUGGCACAAAACCACAUUUUCCUCUGCCUGAUGUUUUGUUUAAAUGAUGUCUUCUGGAAUUGUUUAGUUCGGCAAUGAGCUCUGCGGUUUAAAUUUAAAAAUCUAGACCCCAAAUUAUUAGAGAUGUUUCUUUGAUUUUGAAGAAAUAUUUUAUUUGCAAUCUCUAGAAUCCAGUGUUUUAUUCUUGUAUGUAAUUGGUGCAAGGACAGUAAACAGGGGUUAGUCAUCCUAAUUGCCCCCAACUGUGUUUUGUAGCCCUGGCAGUUAGGCCCUUCAGUUAAAUAUUAGAAAACUAUAUAACACACACUUUGGACAAUCCUAGUAUUUUAAGAUGUAGAAUUUUAAAAUAUAUAUAGAUAUUUACAUUCCUUUUGCAAAAAAAUAUUCAUUGCUUUCAAAUUUUUAUCAGGAAAGCACUGCACAGUAAUAUGGAAAGAAACAUUUCUUUAAAAAUUUUAAAACAUAAUGUUACUAUGAACCUCGUACUACAUUUAAAGUGAAUUCCGAAGGGGCUUCCUUUGAAUGAAAAGUUAAGCUAUAAAAGUAUAGAAUAGAGAAUAAGUAAAUAUUUAAACGAUCUUGGAGUAAAGAAAAACAGUCUAAGCAUUGAAGCAUUAGAAGAAAACGAAGAAUAUGGACAGAUUUGGCAACUAGAAAUAAAAAAUGUCUGAAAGUCAAACACAUAAAGUUAAAAGCAAACGACACACUGGAUGAGACAUGACAAAGAGCUGACGCCUUUCACGGACCAGGAUUUCCUACAGUCAACAGGGAAUCAUUCAACUUUGUGAUAGAAAAAUUGUCAAAGGACGUGAACAAUUCAUAGGAUAAGUAAAAACACCUAUGAACGUGGGAAAGACAGUCAGCCUCCCUGAUAACUAAAUUCAUGCAAACUAAAACAUCACAGAAAUAUUUUUUAUUAUUGACAAAAAUGCAAGCAAAAAUAGUAGCAGUACUGGCAAUCAUUUGAUAAAUGGGAUACCCUCAUAACAACUAUAUAGGAAUUUAAGUUGUCUUAAACUACUUGGAAGACUUAGUAAUUCCACUAAUUUUAGAGAUCAAUUAUGUAAGGUAAUCCAAAAAAUAUUUACCUGUAAAGAUGUCAUUAAAGCAAUUUAAUAAUAGUGAGAAAGUUAGAAAUAACCUGAAAUAUCCCUGAAGAAGAGAUUGAUUUUUUAAUGUUAUAUUCAUAUCUAUUUUAAAGUUACUCAUUUAACGAUUUGGAGAAAUUAAAUAUUUUCAAACUUUGUAAAACAUACUUAAAAGCAGAGAAAAUACUGAAGCGAACCCCAAUAUGCUGCUUAUUAACUUUGUCUGGACUAAGCAAUAGCAAGGUGUUGUCACACUUGCUACAUCUAGAUACCCCUUUUUCUUUUCUUUCUUUGCUGAAGCAUUCUAAAGCAAAUUUCCAGACAUCAGGUCAUCAUUACGUGUACCUACAUGCAGUCAUCUCUUUUAAAAAAUAAACAUUUUCUUACAUAAUCAUCGUGCCAUUUUCUCUACUCAGGCAAUUACCAUAAUUCCUUGGUAUGACAAAGAGCAUUGAAAUAGCCCCAACUGUCUCAAAGUGUCUGCUUGCUUCCUGACAGUAUCAUUUAACCCAGAGGCUGGCAGACUUUUUCUUCACAGGGCCAGGUCGUGAAUAUUUUCACCUUUGCUGGCCAGAGGAUCUCUGUCACAAUUGUUCAGCUCUGCCACUGUGAACUUGAAAGCCACUGUAAAUGUCAUGUAAAGGAUUGGGCAGGGCUGUGUCCAGUAACAUUUUGUUUACCAAAUCAGGCUGUGAACUAGGAUUGGCCUAAAGGCUGCAGUUUGCCAAGCCCUGAUUUAACUCAUGACACUGUUCUUCAUGUAUUUUAUAAGGUGGUCAGUAGCUUUCAAAGUUGAAUCGGUUCCAGGUAAUUUUUUGUGGCAAGAUUGCCUUAUGGAGGGUGUUGUGGGGCUUCAUCUCUCAUCCCAUUGGAUGGCGUAUAUCCGUUGUCCUGCCGGUGGUGACGCUAAGAACACUUAAUGGGCACUGAUCCUUCUACUGUAUUAAUUAUGCUUGUUUCCUAGAAAAUUUAAUUAGAAAUAACUACAAAAUGGUAACUUUUUAUUUCUACUACUCCAUCUUUCAUUAAGGCAGGAAGGAGGUUUUUUUUUUAAACACAAAGAAGUGUGUGUAUUGUAAGGAAGAAUUUACAACAUCAAUAUACUGAAAUAUAGUUUGUAUAGGAACCAGUUCUUAUAUCUGGAGUAUAUGCUAACUUUUCUUUCCUUUUAAUUGUCAAAUUUCAACAUAAAGAAUUGGUCCCUGGCUCACAUCCAGUGAUUUCCAGUAGGUUGGAAUUCUUGUGGGUGAAAGGGGAAUUUUUCUCCCUCUUUAGUUUUGCUUUUUUGUGUAACUAUGAACUCAUAGAUUUUUUAAAAUAUCCAAUAGUUAUCAGUCAGUUGCAUUUAUUAUUCUUGUUCGUGCUUAAAUUAUUCCAUCUUUGGCCAGCUGGGGCCCCUUUGAGUGGCUCUUGUUAGUCUUCAAUAGCUUUUUUCCAGUCUAACAAGUUCCAGGGUACAUUUUCAGUAACAGAGUAAAGAAACUAUCUACAAUAUAAGUUGAAACUUUAACAGAACAAAAAAACAAGGAACCAGAACAACCAUAUGUAUUUAAGAGAAGAUCAAUAAGAAAGAUGCCAAAUUGUUCAAUGUUUCUUCUCGGUAGUACAAUGAUAGGAAAAUACUCUCUCUUCAUUUUUUCCUUAACUUUUUGUACUUUUCUAUGCUCCAGAUUUUUCCACAAUGAGAGUUAUUACUUUUAUAAUAAAAAAUACAAGCUAAUAUUCUAAAAAUCCCAACAGAUUCUCCUUAUUAGUAAGUUCUCUUAGGGCAUUCAAAAUAGGAUUCAAAUUAUUUUACAAGAUACUAAUACACACUUUUUAAAGAACUGUUAAGUGGAUAAUUAGUGAUUAUUUCCCAUAUUUCCAAAGAGCUGUAAUGUAUGCAAAGAGGGAAAAUAGAUAACUUGAUAAUGAAUUCUGAGCUAUGAAAUUGUAAUCAAUGCUGUUUCUCCCAUUUGUCUUUACAGACCUUAAAUUUUUUCUCCUUAACAAUAGUUUGGAAACCAGUUCCUAGGGAUAGUUCUUACAGCACUUUAGUUAUUAAGCCUCAACUUCCAGGGCUUCCUGGACCUGGGAAUAUUCUUUCCAUUAUUUUCAAUCCUUUGUGUUGACAGGUUGAAAGCAAAUGAACAAGAAUAAGACCAAAAGGCCUAUUCCUGAUUGUAAAUCAAGGAGGACAUGUAAAUGAGUCUCCUUCCCUGUAGAUGGCAGUCACCUAGGUGUGGCCUUGAUGAGGGCCACUGCUACCUGAGUUUCACCAGUGGCCAUCCUGGGCCCCUGUAAGUGGGAUUUUAAGUUGUUGACCCAGUGAAGAAAUCCUCCUAUAUUUCAAAAUGGAUCCCACACUGUAAAAUGUGGGACAGGGUUCCAGUGUGUGUGUGUGUGUGUGUGUGUGUGUGUGUGUGUGUGUGUAAGGGAGUUAUACUUAACCACAAAUAAUAGAGGAAGAACUGUAACAACAGUGUAAGACUUGGUGUGUGAAUGUGUGCGCACACACGCUUCUUUGUGUUUUAAAAGAAAGACUUCUCCCUCUCCAGCGCAGACAGCCUUUCCCUAAAGUCCUCAGAGCAAAGCUUCCCUUAUGCCAAAACCAGAGUAAAAUGUUCUAAUUUUUCCUCUGGUGUUCUUCUGAGAAUGUGGAACACCCCAUACUUUGGGGGUAGAUCAUUCAGAAUUUCUGCCAUUUCCUGCCAGAAACAGUUGCUUCAUGGUAUCAUAAUAGAAAUUUCUGUUAUUGAUAAUUUGUUUAUACUAACGUAGCUAACAAGAGCUAUAGUUAUAAACUUCGUGUUUAGAAAUCUAUGGAUUCCACAGGACAGAUUCGGGAGUCAAGGCAGAAGCAGGGAACAGAGGCGGACUCAAAGGAUUUAACCAGAGCAGGCUUAACACAUGAAUCUCUUGAAGUUGUGCUUGGUCCGCAUAUGGUUUGGCACAUAGUAAGAUCGGACAUGAACAGCCAAGGAACAUAAAUUGUCUUCGCUAUUCUUAGAAUCUUGGAGUAAAUGUGAAUGAAGGAUAUAUUACACAGAAUUUUGGAACUGUCUUUAUGUGGACGGGUGGUCUGUUUCCAACUGGGACCGUGAAGUUUAAAGGAGGAGGAAGAGGGAAGGCAGAGAGCGGAGAAGGGGCCUUACCCAUGACUUGUUGAGGAAAAACCACCACUUCAGUGUCACAGAGGAAAACGCCGCGGGCGCCAUGGGGAACGAGAUGGCUCUCUGGUGUUAAAGCUCUGUUGCCUUUGCUCCGGUCUCACUGCACAACUUGACCUGUGCUCUCUGCAGCAGGAAGAUGAAUGGCCCCGCCCUUUCCCAAACGAGAGUCCUUUGUUAGACAAAACAGGCAAAUGUCCCGGCUUCUCUGAUAACACAGAUUUUCACGGAUAUGGAUUUGUCGUACUCGGCUUACCAGUUAAUAGUGAAUAUCACUUGCAUUCUGGCUUAUUUAUGAGUCCCAUCAGUAUGGGGACUGGGUAUAAUGUGUGUGGGCUAGUGCAGUGCCAAGACUUGAUACAUACUUGUUUAGCCAAUGGAAGAUUAUGUCUUAUAUUCCUAGUGCUUCUUCUUCAAUAUGAAGCAAAGUAUUAGACCAGUAAGAGAUGCUGGGCGAGCCCCAGUUUAUGUAGUGGGUCACAUGCUGUAUGUGGUUACUCAAGUGAAAAGCUUAUUUAGGUUUUCAUCUUCUCCAUACCUGUCCCCGGGGAUACUGGCUCUGCAUAUUAGUGACAGGUGAGGCCCACAUGCCAGGUGAAAAAUUGCUCCUGCCUUCCUGACUAUAAAUAAUUUCAGCCCCCAAUUUUUAGUAAGACCCCAGCACUUAAUGGUUGAAAUUACUCAUACUGAAAACGUGGUGGGUACAUAUUCUUCCUUAUGUAACUUGAGCAAAAUGAUCAGAGAACUAAACAAAACACGUUUGCUUUCUCUUUAUUUAAAGCGUAAUGUUGACAUUGUUUCUCAAUACUGGAAAAUGUUUACUGUCCCCUUGAGUCUGAGAGUUUUCCAGAAAAACAGUUACUCUUCAGGGUGGAGAAUCUGAAGCGUGGACUUUUAUUUAUUUGGACCAUCUCUCUUUCAAAAGAAGAAUUUUAUGGACCUGACUCAUAAGGGAAUGAUUUUAAAGGCAAGAGAUGACACGGGCUGUCCUAGCAGCCAGUCAGUGUCUCCUGUGAAGACGCCCUCGGACACUGGGAACAGUCCUGUGGGCUUUCCCCCGGGAAGUGAUGAAGACUUUACCAGGAAGAAAUGCACAAUUAGAAUGGUUGGUGACGGAAGCAUCCAGUCAGCGCGAUAUAAGAAGGAACCCAAGUCAGGCCUUGUAAAGCCAGGUAGUGAAGCCGACUUCAGCUCCUCCAGCAGCACCGGCAGCAUUUCCGCUCCCGAGGUCCACAUGUCUGCCGCGGGAAGCAAGCGCUCCUCUUCCUCACGCAAUCGAGGUCCCCAUGGGCGGAGUAAUGGAACUUCAUCCCACAAGUCCAGCAACAGCCCGCCAUCCCCGCGGGAAAAGGACCUGCUGUCCAUGCUGUGCGGGAGUCAGCUGAGUCCUGUGAACACCCACCCCAGCUAUGCGCCUUCUUCGCCCAGCAGCAGCAACUCAGGCUCCUGCAAAGGAAGUGACUGCAGCCCAAUCAUGAGGCGGUCCGGGAGGUACAUGUCCUGUGGCGAAAACCAUGGUGUCAAGCCCCCAAAUCCAGAGCAGUACCUGACUCCUCUGCAGCAGAAAGAGGUGACAGUGAGACACCUGAAGACGAAGCUGAAGGAAUCUGAGCGCCGGCUCCAUGAGAGGGAAACGGAAAUUGUGGAGCUGAAGUCCCAGCUGGCCCGGAUGAGGGAGGACUGGAUUGAAGAAGAGUGCCACCGCGUGGAGGCCCAGCUGGCCCUCAAGGAAGCCAGGAAAGAGAUCAAACAGCUCAAGCAGGUCAUCGAAACCAUGAGGAGCAGCCUGGCCGAUAAAGAUAAAGGCAUUCAGAAAUACUUCGUGGACAUAAACAUUCAAAACAAGAAGCUGGAGUCCCUCCUUCAGAGCAUGGAGAUGGCGCACAGCGGCUCCCUACCGGACGAGCUCUGUCUGGACCUCCCGUGUGAUUCCCCAGAGAAGAGCUUCGCCCGAAACACCACUUUUGGCAAGAUGGCAGGGGAGCUGUCGCUGGAAGGGCAGGUCACAGAGGAAGGGGCCGACAGCGAGCUGCUGGCGGGUGAGAGCGUGGCUGAUGGCACAGAUUCGUUGGAUGAGCUGGUGACGGCCACCACCACCGAGGCUGGCCACCUGGAGCUUCUCCACUCCCCGGUGGGGGCGAAGGUGCCGGAGGGCCUCCCCCUGGCGGUGGGGCCGGAGAAGGGCAUCCUGACGGUGGAGCGGGCCGUGCAGACCGACGUGGUUCCCUACAGCCCUGCAGUCUCGGAGCUGGUCCAGUACGUGCUCCAGCUCCAGGACCCCUACCCCUCCAGCUCAGCAUCCCCCGAUGAGUCCACGGCCGAUUCCACAGGGAGCUUCCUGGAGUCCCUCUCUGCGUUAGUGGUUGAUUUAACCCCAAGGAAUCCAAACUCAGCCAUCCUUUUGUCUCCCGUGGAGACCCCAUACACCACGGUGGAUCUGGAAGCUCAUGCAAACCGCCUCAUGCGAGAGCUGGAUUUUGCAGGCACCGCAGAGGAAGGGUCGGACAGCAUCAUCCCGCGGGCCCCAGGGACCGUGGGGCAGCAAUACUGGAGCCACAGUUUCCUGGUGGAUCUCCUGGCUGUGGCUGCCCCCGUGGUCCCCACCGUGCUGUGGGCAUUCAGUACUCAGAGAGGGGGGACAGAUCCCGUCUAUAACAUCGGCGCCUUGCUCCGGGGCUGCUGCGUGGUGGCCCUGCAUUCGCUGCGCCGCACCGCCUUUCAUAUCAAAACCUAGUUAGAAGUGGUUGUUCCCGUGUGCCAAUCUGUCCCGUGUGGUGUGGUGCCAGGUGGAGAAACAGCAGGUCGACCUAGGGCGGUCUCUGUUCUGUCGUGUUGCUCCUCGGUAUUUGAUUUGCACUAUAUUUAGUUGAAGCCUGUUCACUGUCGAGGACCCGAGGUAUCUUCAAAGGCAUGGAGACCUGAUUCAAGUAAAUGUCCUACCCGUGGGGUGUAGAAAGCAUGCUCGUGACCCUGCCGUGUCGUCCGAGGUUCCCGUUCUUUCCCUAGUGGUUCAGGAUGAGAAAAUGCAAAGUUUGCACUUUCCAGACAGCUUCUGUAAGGCUGGCAUGUUAUCUCCUUGCUUUGCUUUGUGCCGUUUUCAAAUGUGUGAUAGUCCCAGCAUUCCAAUGGUCUUGUGCACAGCAGGGGACUGUAACCAAAAACAAACACGUAUUUGUGUCACUGGGUUGAAGACGUCUUCACUAGUCCUUUAGUGUCUUACUUGGGGUUGAUCAGAUUUGAGUGUUUGCAGUUUUCUACUAAAUGUAGCUCCGAAGUCUUAAAAUGGCUUGUUUGUUCUUAAACCUGUUAAUUGAUGAAACUGUAUGUAAGUUUACAAUGUAUUAACUUAUUUUUUGCUUAUUAUAUAUAGUGUUUUCUUGGGAACUAUUUGUAACCACACACUUCAGCAUGAUGAAAAUAAAGAUUAGUGUUUCCAGUUAAAUGAAUGUUUUAUCCUGCUAUAAAGUAAUUACUUCUGAGGUUUUACUUUGGUAGGUAACAAAGGUUAAAUGGGCAGCAGAUCCUUCCAUGGUUAUCAGUAGGGCUCUAUAAAAAUGAGGUUACCUUAAGAAAUGAGAAAGAGGGAAAAUAACUAUUUAACAGAGGUGAGGAUGUCGUACUUUAAAUUUUAAGAAGCAUUGUUUGUGAGUAAAAGUAGUUUUGGUUCUUUGUGUGCUUUUAAAUUACCCAUACACUUGUUUUUCCACAUAGUUACUCCGUAAGGAUGUGUUGGAUAUUUUCGGGAAAGUUGAGCUGAUUUUUUCCAGAGCAUGUUAAGGGUGCAGAGAGGGGGAGUGUGCUAGUGCCAUAAGCCCCCCCUCCCCUGGGAAUAACAGGGUGAGGUUGGGUGGCUGGAAAGGGAUGAGAUACAGCAUUUUGUCUGUAUUCCUUUAUUCCUCACACCAGUCUUGUGAGGUGGGUUAACUAUUCUACUUUACAGAGAAGGAGCUGAGCCUCAGAGGCGGGUUGCUCAGGAUGUCCUAGUUCAUCUCUAGCAGCCAGGAUUCCCAGCAUCUGCAAAGCAAAUGCCUUUUCCGCUUUAGCACACAAACGGCAGAAACCUGGAGAAGAUACAAAGUUCCCACCCAGAAACUCAUCUUCCGUACAGCACGUAUCACCUUUAAACAUAACACUAAGUUUUUACCUACUGUGUCCUGGUUAUUGCCCAUUCCGCCCUAACCCGUUAGCUCUCCGGGUGUAGGAAUCUGUGUUCUGUUUUGUUCACAAGAGUAUGUGGCAUGUAUACUCUUGGGAGGGGCUCUAGCAAUGGCUGUUGAAUGAAGUAAUCCAUCCAACAAAUUCUUUUUGGGUGCUCACAUACCAGGCACUUUACUGGGCUCGUCUUCAGCAGUGGAGGAGACAGUGUCUUCCCUCAAGGAAUUUACAUUCUGCCUGUGAAAGACACAGAAAGUGCCAACAAAUGAACAAGAUCAUUUUAUUGGCUUGGCCAAAAAUUGGUUUUUCAUUUUUAAUGUAAGCUGGCUCUAGUAGCUCUUAGUUGUCUUUAACUUUAUUCAAAACAAUUUUGUUAGGUUGUAUUAUGACGGCUGUCACAGCAUGCAUUAAAAUUGAUGAAUUUUUGUGUGGCCAUUUUAAUAUUGAAAAUGGAAGGAAAUAUGCACCAUUUUUGGCAUAUUAAGCUUUAUUUCAAGAAAGGUAAAAACACAACUGCAAAACAAAGGAAAAAGAUUUGCACAGUGUAUGGAAAAGGUGCUGUGACUGAUUAAACUCAUAAAGUGUGGUUUGUGAAGUUUCAUGCUGGAGAUUUCUCACUGGACAUUUCUCCAUGGUCAAGUAAACCAAUUGAAAUUAAUGGUGAUCAAAUUGAAAUAUUAACUGAGAAAAAUCAAUGAAUCUUAAAGCAUGUGGGAGAUACUCAACAUA